AUGAACAAAACAGACGCCAGUACGGGUAUGGUGAUAUUGGCCGGGAAUUCUCAUCCUGAAUUGGCUAAACUUGUGGCUGGGUAAGACGUUUUAAAUUUUUUAAAAAUAAAUAUUUUUUAGAAUUUGAAAAUUUUUUUAAAUUUAACUUUGAAAUUUCAGUCAUUUGGGAAUACCACUUGGCGAUGCGACAGUUUACAAGAAGACAAACAAAGAAACGGCCGUUGAUAUAAAACAAUCAGUUCGUAGUAAACAUGUUUUCAUCAUACAGUCUGGCAACAAGUAAGUUUUUGCCAUAACUCUAGCCUUAGCCUUAGUCCUAGCACUAGCCCUACACUUAGCCGUGCCUAGUCUUAGACCUUGCCAUAGCCCAGAGUCCUAGUUCUACUCCAGUUUAGACCUAGCUUCAGCCCCAGUCCUAAGCUUUUGGAACCUUUAUUUUACAAAAGCUCCAUUUCAGAGACGUAAACAACAACAUAAUGGAACUGAUGAUCAUGAUAUACGGCUGUAAAACCUCUAUGGCCAAAACUAUCACUGUUGUUUUACCGUACCUACCAUACAGUAAACAAUGCCGUCAAUUAAGAAGAUCGUCGAUUCCUAUGAAGUUGGUUGCUGAUAUGAUUUGCAAAGCUGGUAAGAAACCAUACCAUACUUUACCCUAUCCUACCAUACCCUAUUCUACCCUACCCUACCCUACCCUACCCUCCUACCCUACCCUACCCUACCCUACCUACCUUACCCUAUCCUAUGCUAUUAGGUUGUUCACUUAAUUUUGCGCCUCCUCUCAAAGAAAAUUUGUAAAGCGCAGAAUUAUGUGAACAACCUAAUACUCUUAGUCCAAGCUUAAGCUUAAGCCCUAACCUACCCUACAGUAUACUAUUAAAUGAAAUAUUGUUCUAUCUAGUAUUGAUGUAUUGCACUACCCUUUCAGGAGCCACCAGAGUAGUAACACUAGAUCUGUACCGCAAAGAAAUCCAGGGCUUCUUCAACAUACCAGUCGAUAAUCUUCGCGCCUCACCGUUUUUGAUACAGUAUGUUAAGGAGAACAUACCUGAUUACAAAAACGCAGUAAUUGUGGCUAAAUCGCCUGGAGCAGUUAACAAAGCUACUUCUUAUGCGGAUCGUCUUAGACUUGGUAAGUGUGAAUUUAAGAUUACGGUAACAGAUAGGAAAGAUAAGAAGAGGUUUACGGUAGUAAGUAGGGUACAGUAGAGUAAGGUAGAAUAGGGUAAAGUAGGGUAGGGUAAGACAGGGUAGGGUAGAUUAAGAGUCUGAAUUAAGGUCUGAAAUUUUAACCCUGUCCCUUUAGGUAUUGCCGUGAUUCACGGUGAACAAAAAGACAUUGAUGAAAGCGGCCAAGAAGAUGGUCGUCAAAGCCCACCACCUAACUACAACAAUGAUUACACUACCUUUGAAAUGUUUCCCAGUAAGUGUUUUCUUCUGUAAAGAAAGUUCUUGCCGUUUCUUGUCUUGUAAAGAAAGUUCUUGCCGUUUUUUGCUUUGUAAACAAAGUUUUUGCAAUUUUUUGUCUUGUAAGGAAUGUUCUUGCCAUUUUUUAUUUUGUUUCUUGUCAUUCUUAUAAAAACUGCCAUUUUCAGCCUUCACUCCCAAAGAGAAGCCUCCACUUACCGUAGUCGGUGACGUAGGUGGUAAGAUCGCCAUUAUUGUCGAUGAUUUCAUCGACGAAGCCCAAACUUUUGUUCAAGCUGCUGAAGUCCUCAAACAACGUGGCGCCUACAAGAUCUACGUCCUAGCUACGCAUGGUAUUCUGUCUACGGAUGCUCCGCUACAGCUAGAGAACAGUCAUAUCACUGAGGUUAUUGUGACGAAUACAGUACCUCACGAGCUACAAAAGAUGAGAUGUCAUAAGAUAAAGACGGUGGACAUUAGUGUCAUUAUAUCUGAAGCUAUGAGACGAAUCUUCCAUAAUGAGUCAAUGGGACCAUUGUUUAGGGACCUUACUUUAGAUGAUUGA